AUGGCGGCGGCCUCCCCCCUUCCUCCUCCUCCGGGCCUCCUCCCUCCGCCGGCCCUCCCCCGGCGCUUCCGUCGCACGGAGCUGACGCGCGGAGCCCCGCGGGGCGCGAUGCGGCUGUGCCGGUGCCUCCCCGCCGCCCGCGCCGCGCUCUGCUCCUCGCCGCGGGGCCCCCCGGUACCGCCGGCGGCGGGGCAGCGCCGGGAGCGGGUACGUGGCGGCGGCCCCGCGGCCGGCCCGGGGGGCCAAGGGGGGUCGUCGCUCCGCCCUUGUCCCCGCCGGCUCGCCGGGGGGGGCGGGCGGGCGCUGGCCGGGCUCUCGCGGGGCUCGGUGAGCGGGGAGGUCCUGCGGCACCUGGAGCACCUGGCGCUGGUGGAUUUCCGCGACCGGGAGGGCGUGGAGAGGCUGCGGAAAGCCGUCCGGUUCGCUGACCAGCUCCGCGAAGUUAACACCGAUGGCGUGGAGCCGAUGGAUUCGGUACUAGAGGACAGGUGUCUGUACCUCAGAGAAGAUGACGUUACAGAAGGCAACUGCACAAAAGAGCUGCUGAAUAAUGCCAGAGAGAAAGUAGAGGAAUAUUUCGUAGCCCCACCAGGUAACAUCCCUUUACCAAAGCUAGAAGAACGGGAGACUUUCCUACAGGACUCUUAGUGAAAGAACUCAAAUGUCACUUCUGAUUUUAUUGGGAAACUUAAGGUUUGGACAGUCACAACUGAAAUACCCUCGCACUUAGUUUGAUCAAAAGAAGAGCAACUGCACUGCUAAACUUUUUACAACAUCCUUUUGCUGUAAAUUGUCUUGCUACUGAAAUACUCACUGUUUGUGAAGCUGGAAGGCAGCAUGAGAGAUGACCUUAAUACUUGCAUUUAGCAAAGUGUAUUUGAUGCUGUUCUUUAAGAUACUGAGUGACGUAAAAGCUUCAGAGAGAACAUUAAAAGCUGAUGAUUAAAAAAAAA